GUGUCAAAUAGAACAAUGUAACGGAUCAGAGUUGACAGCCUCAGUCGAGAGGUUACUGAUUAAUUUCAGUCCGGCUCCAUAACCAUAGAUAAGGUGUCGAGUUCCGCCUGAAUGACGGGAGAAUGACUGCAGGUCCGCAUUGAACAUUUUAGUGUCUUCUUUUCAAGGUAGGCGCAAGAGGAAAAUUUGCUUUGAAUGGGGAACUUAAUUUGCAUGCUACCCAAGUUCAGGCAGGAUCUUACACAAGCCUGGAGACGGGGAACGCACCUGCCUCUCUUCCUCGACCUGUAGACUCAUUCAUCAGCACCAGCCAUCUUUAAUGGGAUAAACUAUCUCCAGAGAUCAGGUGAACGGCUGAUCUAAACUCAAGUAAGAGCCUCAAGCUUCUUAAAUUCUUCUUAAUUGACACUUUACAUCCUAAGGCCUCCGCAUGGUACUCUGGUCGAAAGAUCAAGACAAAUUGUCCGACAUGUCCGCCGGGACGGAAAGGAUAGAGUUGAAGAAGGAGGGGGUGCCGCCAGCAUUCCACCACUCCAACGGGUCGGUCCAUCCGGUUAUACUACCCAACAACCCCGAGGAGGUGCCCCAGACCCCUGGGGAGUACGAACUCACAGAGAUGACCUCCAUACCAGACCGCAGUGAUCAGGAGAACGAGCGGCCGGACAUGGUGGUCCUCGACUGUCGGGCCAACGCAAAGGGCCAGAGGGAAGAGGACGCGCUCCUGGAGAACGCCAGCCAAAGCAACGAGAGUGAUGACACUAGUACGGACCAAAGCCCGGUGCCACCGGCUCCACUAAAGGAAACGUCCUUUUCUAUUGGACUCCAGGUUUUGUUCCCUUUCCUGCUGGCAGGGUUUGGGACAGUUGCAGCUGGCAUGGUUCUGGACAUUGUUCAGCACUGGACUGUAUUCACAGAGGUGACUGAAGUCUUUAUCCUGGUGCCUGCUCUCCUGGGCCUGAAGGGGAACUUGGAGAUGACCCUCGCGUCCAGACUGUCUACCGCGGCUAAUAUUGGACAAAUGGAUACGGCCAAGGAUAUGUGGAAAAUGAUCAUGGGAAACCUCGCACUAAUUCAGGUUCAGGCCACAGUGGUCGGCUUCCUGGCUUCCAUCGCUGCAGUCAUUUUUGGCUGGAUUCCAGAGGGUAAUUUUAAGAUGGGCCAUGCUGUCUUGCUCUGUGCCAGCAGUGUGGCCACCGCAUUCAUCGCUUCUUUGCUGCUAGGUCUUAUCAUGAUCGGGGUUAUCAUUGCAUCCAGGAAAGUUGGUAUCAACCCAGACAAUGUGGCCACCCCCAUUGCAGCCAGCCUCGGUGACCUGAUCACCCUGGCACUGUUGGCUGGCAUCAGUACUGGCCUGUAUAAGGAGCUCGAAUUCAACGAUUAUGCCAACCCAAUGGUUUGUGCCUUCUUCGUCGCCCUGACACCCAUCUGGGUACUUAUCGCCCGGCGGACACCUUCCACCCGGGAAGUGCUGUACUCAGGCUGGGAGCCUGUCAUUAUAGCCAUGGCGAUCAGCAGUGUUGGAGGCCUCAUUCUGGAUAAGACAGUAUCUAACCCCAACUUUGCUGGAAUGGCAGUUUUCACUCCCGUCAUCAACGGUGUGGGCGGCAAUUUGGUGGCGGUUCAAGCCAGUCGAAUCUCCACCUACCUGCACAUGAACGCCUUGCCCAUAGCAGAGCCAAACCCAGCCCCACGGAAAUGUCCCACUCCCUGGAGCACGUUCUUUGGCUCAGGUGUCAACGCACGUUCUGCCAGAGUGCUCUUCCUCCUGGUGGCUCCUGGUCAUCUGGUCUUCCUCUACACUAUUAACUCUAUGCAGGGUGGACACACCACUCUCACCUCUGUCUUCAUUGCAUUUUAUCUGGCCGCAGCUCUGCUUCAGGUUGUGAUCCUGUUGUACCUUGCAGACUGGAUGGUAAACUGGAUGUGGCAUCGAGGGAUGGAUCCUGACAACUUCUCCAUUCCCUACUUGACCGCCCUGGGAGACCUGCUGGGGACGGGCUUCCUGGCUCUGUGUUUCCACAUCCUGUGGCUAAUUGGAGAUCGGGACACAGAUGUGGGUGAUUGAUCCACACUGCUUCCUUUGACUCUGUCCAAGCAACACAAACGUCUUUAUUUAUAAUGCCACAUAGAGAAAUAAUAUCUAUAUUGUUAUGGCUACAAUGGCUACCAUGAUUAUAUUGAUGACAAUUUUGCUUUAGUAUUGAUAUGUAAUUUCCUUGUUGUUUAGCUAAUGGGAGAACAACAAUCCUCAUUAUUUUUCAAUGGGGAUGUUCGGCCCGAUUUUACAGCCAGUCACGUUGGCUGCAUGUAAAGAUGACAUCGACCUAAACUUGAAAUAUUUCACAAGAGGCAAA